GCCGUGAUCGCGCAUCAGUGCAAACAAAGCGAGUUGCCAUGUCACGGUGCGUUCUGCAGAACAGCGAUGCCGGCAGCCUGAGCGUUCGGUCACGUCCGCGGCCUCCUAAUCGUAAACCUCCAUUCCCAGGCAUGGAGUCCGGAGAGCGGCUCGCUCGGCCUUCGUCUGCCUCGCCGUCCGUUCACACGCCUCCCCCCGCCGCCACCUCGACCCCGAACCCGUCCUCCAAGAGCCUGGGUCCCAGCGCAGCCCUCGGGUCCGUGCCAGCCAGCUGCGGGCCGCUGUUCCGGACGACGCGCGAGCAGCCCUUCGGCGUGUCCGGCGCCUCAAGUGCCUUCCCGUUCGUGGGCCACCCCGCCUUCGGCCUCUACACCGCGAGCACGGGCUGCUCCGAAUUUGGGGGCCUGGGGAACCUGGGGACCCUCGGCGUGACCCCAGCCCUGGCCGCUCACCCUCAGCUGGGGGCAUUUCCAGAGUGGUGGCGCACCGCCGAGGCUCACGGGAGGAGUGUGGCCGCCUUCUUCCCCCAGCUCCUCGGUCUCCCCCCUCUGUUCGGCCCCUCCGUUCAGAGCCACGCCCCCAGCCCCCCCGAGGCCCGGACCCCGAACAGGAACGGCCGAGACACGCCCACAAAUACAGGGCUGAACGGCUCUGUGAACGGGAGCGCCGCCUCGGCGUCCUCGGGGGGGCGCUCUCUGGCCAGCACGCCCCCGGCGCUGGGGACUCCCGAACACAAGAAAACCACGAGCGGGAGCGAGGGAGGCGAGCAGGCGAGCAGGAAAGGCAGCCACAGGACGAAAGACAAGAAGCAAAGCAAGGAGGCGUCGGGGAUGUGCAGCAACAGCGAGAGCGAGUCGGGCUCCCGCUCGGACAGCUCCAGCGAGGCCGUGAGCAGCGCCGAGUCCGAGGACCUGGAAGACGAGGACGACGACGAGGAAGACGCUCCGAGCGCCGACAGCGAGGACUCCGACUCCGGGAAGGAAUCCCAAGAGAAGAGGAAGGUGAAGGUAGAGCACUGAGUUUGGGCGGCUCUGCCGGGGGGUCGACUCGAAGG